ACACACACACACACACACACACACAGGAGCCUGACAACACACAGAGUUCAGAAUGACACAGCUCUGAUCGGAGGGAGGUGAUCUCUGAAAUUGCUCAGCGAGCACCCCUAAUUUCCCUGAUUUACGUUAUCGCUGUCAAUCACACCCAAUGGAAUCCAAUCAGAAAGCAAGCCUGGACGGACUGGCGGGGACACCGAAGGAGGCGGCACUUCGGACGCUCAUGCAGCGAACCGGGUACCAACUACGGCAGGAGAACGGACAGCGGCGGUACGGCGGUCCACCGCCCAGCUGGGACGGCCCACCACCAGAGAGAGGCAGCGAGAUCUUUGUAGGGAAACUACCGAGAGAUCUGUUUGAAGACGAACUGGUUCCACUGUGUGAGAAGUUUGGGAAGAUCUACGAGGUGAGGAUGAUGAUGGAUUUCAACGGAAACAACAGAGGAUACGCCUUCGUCACCUUUAGCACCAAACAGGAGGCUAAAACAGCCAUGAAGCAGCUCAACAACUAUGAGAUCAGGAAUGGCCGCCUGCUUGGCGUCUGUGCCAGCGUUGAUAACUGCCGCCUUUUUGUGGGUGGGAUUCCCAAAACCAAGAAGCGUGAGGAGAUCCUUUCAGAGAUGAGGAAGGUUACCGACGGGGUAGUGGACGUCAUCGUGUACCCAAGCGCCGCCGACAAAUCCAAGAACCGUGGCUUUGCCUUCGUUGAGUACGAGAGCCACAGAGCGGCCGCCAUGGCACGCCGCAAACUACUGCCAGGUCGUAUCCAACUUUGGGGUCAUCCCAUCGCUGUGGACUGGGCGGAGCCUGAGGUGGAGGUUGACGAGGACACCAUGGCUACUGUCAAGAUCCUGUAUGUGAGGAACCUGAUGCUGCAGACGACAGAGGAGACCAUCGAAAAAGAGUUUAACAGCAUCAAGCCAGGUGCAGUGGAGCGAGUGAAGAAAAUCAGAGACUACGCCUUCGUCCACUUCACCCAGAGAGAAGAUGCUAUCACAGCCAUGAACACUCUCAACGGGAAGAUAGUGGACGGGUCUCCCAUCGAGGUGACUCUGGCCAAGCCCGUGGACAAGGACAGUUAUGUCCGUUACACCAGAGGGACCGGAGGACGAGGAGGCUCCCUGCUGCAGACCGACUACACCGCUUACACCCUGGGACAGGUGUACGACCCCUCGGCAGCGUACCUGGGUGCACCUGUUUUUUAUGCCCCUCAGGCCUACGCUGCCAUACCGGGGCAGUUCCGAUUCCCGGCAGCAAAGGCUAACGUUGGAGGUCGAGGUCUGAUCAGGACGCCCUCCGUUAGAGAAAUUUACAUGACUGUACCUGUAGGGGCAGCGGGGGUGAGGGGGCUAGGUGGGCGGGGCUACCUGGCCUACGCUGCUGGGGGAGGAGCCAUGGGGCGAGGUGGAAGCGGUGGUGCUUCCUAUGGCUUGAAGGCGGACAAGCAGUCGGAGGAGAAGCUGUACGACCUCCUGCCGGGGAUGGAGCUGACCCCCUUGAAUCCUGCCGCCAUGAACCUGAAGGCCACCGCCAUCAAACCAGCACCACAGGUUCUGGAGGAGCUCUGCCAGAAGAAUAACUGGGGACCUCCCGUCUACCAGCUCCACUCAGCCAUCGGUCCAGACCAGAGAACACUCUUCCUCUAUAAGAUCACCAUCCCAGCGCUGGCAAAUCAGUACCCCAACGUUCAUCCCUUCACGCCCUCUAAACUGUGCGCUGCUGUAGAUGAAGCUAAGGUCAUUGCGGCUGAGUACACCCUGCAGAUCCUCGGCCUGCAGACAGAGGGCGCCGCCGAUGCAGCUGCAGUGGCCUCGGUAGCGUUCCCAGGCUACGCUUUGGCGAGUCCGGCAUCGUCGGCCGUCGCCUCCCAGCUGAAGCAGGCGGUGUCUUUGGGUCAAGACCUGACGACCUACACCACCUACGAGGGCUACCCUGCCUUUGCUGUGGCGCGUCAUGCCGAAGGGUACGGUGUUUUCUAGACCGGCCGCUUCCAGGGUAGAAGAAGAAGAAGAAACUCUCGUAGCUGCAUUCAGGCCAAAAUUACUUUGUGCUUUAAAUCUGCACAAAAUCACAUCAGAACUGAUUGGAUCAUCACAGCAGGACUCGCCUCAGUCACACCUAGUCCUCCUAGUCCUGAUACAGUCCUCCUAGUCCCAUAUAGUCCUCCUAGUCCUAGUCCUGAUACAGUCCUCUUAGUUCUACUGCCCAUUUCCAAGUCCUCCUAUUAGAGUCCUCUUGUCCUCUUCUAUCCUAAUCUUCUCGUAGUCCUCCUGCCCUAGUCCUCCUAGUCCUAGUGCCCGAGAUAGUCCUCCUAGUUCUAGUAAUCCUAGUCCCUCUAGUUCUAGUCCUCCUCUCCUUGUCUUUCUAAUCCUAGUCCUUGUUUUCCUAGUCCUUGUCCUUGUGUCCUAGUCCUUGUAGUCCUAGUCCUAGUUUCUCAUUUUAAACUCGUAUGGAUCCCAUCCACCUUCAUGAAACCAGAUCUUUUCUUAACAUUCGAAGCUAUUGGUGCGAAUGCAGCUCCAGUUUCUAGCGGAGACAGAACCAACGCAGACACAGACUGAAGAAGAAACUCUGUGAAACCGACUCCGAGUCAGUCGACCUGAAACAAACCCCUCGUAUUUCUCUUCAUGGUGUCUGUCUCCGUCUCAUCUGAACCAUCUCUGCUUCAUGGCUGACGAACAGCCUGUGAUUGGCUGGAAUUAAUGUUUUAAUCAGUUUUAUAUUCUAGUUGUUUGUUUACGAUAUUCAUUCGUUCUUGGAGUUGUGAGGGAUUUGUAGUUUUUAUCAAAUGCAGGUUUGCCUUGUUGUGUAGUUGUUUUCAGAGGAAACUAAAGUCUGAUGAGUGAAAUGUGACGUCUGGGAUCUUAGGAAGAGUUUUUAUUCUACAAACAGUAAAGAUGUGGUUUGUGCACAAAUUAUGUAAAUGUCCUUAUCAGUUUGACAACACAAGCAAAUACAGAAAAAAAUUCUAUAUUCUAGUGGACACUGAAAAGCAACAAAUACGUGUUUAGAUCAACUCAAAGUUAUUGAGUAUAUCGUUAGAUUAUUUGAACUGAGCAAAAGGCAAAAAGCUUUGAAGGAAUCAUCCAGAAAAGUCCAGAACUGACGUCUACAACACAUGAACAUCUAAGAUAGUUUGAGGCUGGUGUUGGUGAAGUUGGUGGAAGUUGACUCCUGAUGAAGACCUUUUUGAGGUGCACAGUAUUUUCUGGUGUUGUCAAAUUGAUGCAGACAUUUUCUUACUUCGCUUUGUCUUUUGUCUAUUUUUACGAGUUCUCUUAAGCUGCAACAAAAAGAAGAAUGAUAUAAUACGGCCGCGCUGACUCACUGACGAAAGCUUCUCAGCACAAAACCUGUGAGCGUAAGCAGAACGUUUUCACUUCUGUUCGGUUUUCUACUCAAAAUUAAUCAGAAAAGAUAAAUUGUGCCUUUAAACCGCUGCAGAAGAAGAGGAGACAACGAGGUGAUGUCGUUCAGACAGAUCCAGUUUCCAGCUUCUGUUUCCAUUCUGCUUUUAAUCCUAUAUUACAUCUACUUUAAUGAUAUGAAUGUUUUUGAAUUUUCAGCUUUUCGUGUUUCUUUAUGUUUUCCUUUUUUAGGUUUCAGUAUUUUCAUGUUCACAUUAUGUGUGUUGUAGUUUCCACUUUUCCACCAGCGUGCUUUUUAUUCCUCUUUGUACAGUUAAUGAAACAUCUCAGUUAAUAAACUAACACACGGGGUUAAAGGUAACUACAGCUUUCACAUGCUUCGUCUUGGCAACGAUGAUAUAAUAUAAUAUAAAGAUGGGGGAAAAAUUAGGUUAAAAUCUGAUUGAAAUCUAAAAAUUGCAAGAAAAAAGAAUGUUUUUAAAGUUUAGAUAUAAAAAAAAUAAUCUGAAAAAUGCCAUAAUUGUAAAUCCUGGCCGCUGCUGCUCCCCCUAGUGGCGAGUUUUAGCUUCUUAUGUUUUUGUCUGAAUGUUUUUACGACACAUGCCGACGUCGAGCUGUGAACAUGCCAAAACAGAGACAGUAUUAAAGUGUGUGAAGCACUUAGAACUUAUUUUUAUACCAGAAAUAGAAGGAACAUCCGGACGCUGUUUGUACAAAGCGAUGUUUGACUUCUCUUUGACGCCGUUAAUUAACACAGAAACAUGUGAAACUGAAUCAGAGCUAAUGUGACGAUAUCACGAGAGGAAACUGCUUUGGUAAAUUGUCAUCAUGAUCUGAAAUCUUCUCCAAAAUAAAAGAAACUUCUGAAGAAUCA